AUGGCCCUGGGGCUCAGUGCUUCUCCACCAGCUGUGCUUCUGCUCCUGUCCCUGCUGGGUCUGGCUGCUGCUGGGAAGCUCCUGGUGGUGCCAGUGGACGGGAGCCACUGGCUCAGCAUGCAGGAGGUGCUGGACAUGCUCCAGCAGAAGGGACACGAGGUGGUCGUGGUGGCACCUGAAGUCUCCAUGCACAUCAAACCAUCCAAGAACUUUGUGAUGAAAAUGUUCUCAGUCCCCUACACAAAGGAAGAGAUGGAUAAAGAUUUUGAGGCAUUUUUUCAUGGUUCAUUUAAAGAAGGAACUUUCUUUGAAAGAUUUUCUCAUGUACGUGAAGGUAUGAAAAGAAUCACUAACUUUUGGGUCUCCAGCUGUGAAAAGCUCUUGCAGAACAAGGAGCUCAUCAGGUACCUUGAGGAGACCAAGUUUGAUGCUGUCCUUACAGACCCUUUUGUGCCCUGUGGGGUGAUCCUGGCUGAGCAUCUUUCCCUUCCUUCUAUCUAUUUCUUACGAGGAAUCCCAUGUGGGUUAGAUUUUGAAGCCACUCAGUGUCCCAAUCCUCCUUCCUACAUCCCCAGGAUAUUUACAGACCUUACAGACCGCAUGACUUUUCUCCAGCGGGUGAAGAAUCUGCUCUUUGACAUCCCAAAUGCUUUCCUCUGUGAUUUUGGCUUUGAAUCCUACUCAAAACUGGCUUCAGAGUUCCUGCAGCGGGAGGUGACAGUGUUGGAUCUCUUACGCAAGGGCUCUGUUUGGCUCAUGAGGUUGGAUUUUGUGCUCGACUACCCAAGGCCUUUGAUGCCCAACAUCAUUCCAAUUGGAGGAGUAAACUGUGCUCACAAGGAGCUGCCUCAGGUGGGUCACACUGUUUUUAAUCCGUGCCUUGAUUGA